AACACCCAUACUCAUACUAAAAAAAAAUCCUGCAAACUAUUUAAUGUAUCAGGGUUGCAUGACUUAACCAGUGGCUGUGGGACUCUGGAACCUGAAAUUUUCAACUGUUUUAAGCAGCUUACUAUGGACUUCAUCAAACUAAAAACAUUUUUCUAUGCACAUUUGCUGAUUUUUUGCAUCACACUUGCUCCAAGCAAUGGGCAAUCUGACUUAAACACGACCUCCAUGGAUCCUCAAGAGCUGGAGGGACUGUUUACAGUAAUGGAGGCAAUUUUGGACGAACCCACAUGGAGAUCAACUCAUCCAUUUCCUUGCACUGAUAGUCCAUGGCCUGGAAUUGGCUGUGAAGGCAGUGUGGACAAUAAUAUUUGGCAUGUAACUAAGCUUCACAUAGGAAUGGAUUACACUGAACCCUGCAGAAAGGAUGCCACAUUAUCCUUAGCCAUUUUGAAGCUCCAAUUUCUGAAAAGCCUGUUUAUCUACAACUGCUUCCAUAGAUCCAACGUCACAAUACCUUCCCAGCUGGUGAGAUUAUUUCCUUCAUUAGAAGAACUGGUCUUCAGAUCCAAUAGUGCUUUGGUGGGUACCAUUCCAGCAGAGCUUUCAGGGCUAAGUAAGCUCAGAAUUCUGAGUUUAUCUCAGAAUUAUCUCAAGGGUUUUAUUCCUCCUGAGCUUGGGAAUUUAGACAAGCUUAAACACUUGGAUUUCAGCUACAACAAACUUAGUGGAAGUAUUCCUGACAACUUUAGUGGGCUGAAAAGCCUUUCUAUUCUAGAUCUUAGUAAAAAUAUUCUGCAAGGCUCUAUUCCUCCCUCUAUUGGGAGCUUGGUGUUGUUAGAGAAAAUGGAUCUGAGUUAUAACAAUCUUAGUGGCAGGAUUCCUUCAGAGCUAGGGAAGCUGCAAAGCUUGAGCUUUUUGGCAUUAAGUCAGAAUAGAUUGACAGGACCCUUUCCUACUACAUUUCAGUCCUUGAAAAAUCUACAGUAUUUGAUAGUGGAAGGCAAUCCUAUGAAGUGCACUUUGCCAGACUUUUGGGGGUCACUUCAAGAACUGUCCGAGCUCAGUCUUUCUUCUUCUGGAUUUUACGGUAUUGUACCUGAAUCUCUGUGUGCGCUUACUAGUCUCAGCGUUUUGGCACUAGAUGAUAACAGGUUGAGUGGGUCUAUUCCUUGGUGUAUGGGAGAAUUGCAGCAUUUGUUCCAGUUGAAUUUGAGUUGGAACUUAUUAAGUGGAGAAGUGAAUUUUUCUGAGAAGUUUACCAAAACACUGGGCAACAAAUUAGAGUUGAGAGGCAACAAGGAUCUGUGUGUGGAUAAAAGAUUGUAUCAAGUAUUUGGUGCUGGAAAAGUGAGGCGGUGUUCAGAGGAGUCCCUUGCAUUUGAUCAAGUGCAUAGUAAAGGUAGCCCUGGCCUCAAUUUGCCAGGAGAACAAGGAAAUUAUGACAGGAGCUUCAGUGGGACAAGUUUGGUUCAAACAUUUCAAUAUGUUGUGUGGAUUGGAUGUAUAUAUCUCCUGCACAUCCAUGUGACUUAGAUUUUUUUAAAGCAUUAUGCUAUCUUUCUUCUUAGGUAGGAAGUUUGGUUCAAACAUUUCAAUAUGAGUGUGGAUUGUAUGUAUAUAUCUCCUGCACAUCCAUGUAACUUAGAAUUUUUUAAAGCAUUAUGCCAUCUUUCUUGUUAGGUAGGAUACCUAUUUUGCCUAGUGGGUUGGUGGACUGUUUACUGAGAUUUAAGAGGAGUGGACAUAUUUGUAUAUUCUGCAAUUCAAUGUUAAUUUGGUUUGAAACU